GGAUAGAGGCGCUGUUGGUCAGUUGUCAGAAUGAAUCCGUGGCUCGAAUCUGAAUCUCAGAAGAGCAGCGAUUUCCAAAGCGAUUCCACGGCCGACAUUGGCUUCGAAGACAACUUCCAGCCCAAGAGUGAGCGUCUUCCAGACUCACAGGAGUACCUCGACAGACUAGAGUCCAAGUUGAGGCGCAUCAAGAAGGAUCCCAACGUCCUGAGGCAGUUGGCGGAGAAGCGCGAAGCCUGCCUGCAGAGUCUACUCGUGGAUUGUGGUGACGGAGUGCAGGCGAACAGGGAGAUUGACCUGAAUCUCGACGCUCCAGUGAAUAGCACAGAUUUCCGGGCUGCGCAGGAGAUUGCCAGGUUUCUGCGUCCGGAACAGGCACUGUCGGUGGGUGAGGUGGUGCAUCUGGUGAAGCACGAUCAGCUGCAGGUGGAGAGUGAGGAGGAGGAGCAGCAGCAGCAGCCCAAGGAGGCCGAAGGCGAAUCAUCUGACGGAAGUCGCUAGAGAAGAACACACAGAGAUUCUGGGCAGAGAAAUGGAUUCCGUCUUCGGCCAGACAUUCAUGUUCCUCACGAAACUCGCGUGGAACAGUCGCACGACGCUUCCGCUUCUCAUCACUGCCUUCUU